CUAGUUCAGACAUGGCGGAUUCCGCGCGGAUGCAAAUCGCGCGGUUCUAAACGCAAGUGUUCAGACAGGCGCGGAUGUACAUGCGGAGUGCCGUUAUUCGCAUAGGGUGACAGUCCAAUCAUGGAAGUCGAAGAAGCAAUAUGUGUGUACUUGUUGCUCCGUAAAAAAGAAAGAAAGAAGAAACGGCAGUAUUGGGUGCAUCCAAUAUUACGCGAUCGGUUUACUCAUGGUCAGUUUCAGACUUUAUAUCCAAAAUUAAGAAGUUUUGAACCAAAAUUCUUCAAUUAUUUGAGAAUGUCGAUAAAUUCAUUUGAUGAAUUAUUAGAAAUGAUGAGUAAACAAAUUGAAUCUAAUGAUACCCAUAUGAGGUCAAGCGUGUCCCCAGAAGAAAAACUCGUGAUCACAUUAAGAUAUCUGGGUACUGGUUGUUCCUUUGGAGAACUACAUUACAACUUUCGUCUUGGCAAAUCUACAAUCACAGGAAUUGUCCGUGAAGUAUGUGAAACUCUGUGGGAAAAAGUCACAAAAAACGUCAUGCCUGAACCCAGCGAAGAUAUAUGGAAGAAAAUAGCUAAAGAUUUUGAAAAAUAUGCAAAUUUUCCCAAUUGCAUAGGCGCCAUAGAUGGCAAGCAUAUAAGGAUUACAAAACCCAAAGAUUCGGGUUCUUUGUAUUAUAAUUACAAAACUUUUUUUUCCAUAGUACUGUUGGCACUUUGUGAUAGUAACUAUUGUUUUACUUUCAUAGAUAUCGGAUCUUACGGAAAAAGUAGUGAUUCUGCAAUUUUUAAAAAUUCAGCAUUUUAUAAAAGGUUAUCAAGAGCUCGACGUUUUAUUGAAUGCACUUUCGGAAUUCUGGCAAACAAGUGGCGCAUUUUUCAUAGGCCUAUAAACGUGAAUAUAGACUUUGCCGAAGACAUAAUAAAGGCCUGUUGCGUGCUACACAAUUUUGUUAGAACUAGAGAUGGUAUACAGUAUGAAGAUACUUUACAUACUGCGCCAAUGAGUAAUCUUAUUACAUUACAUGCAGGAAGGGGUACACCAUCAUCAUUAAACAUUAGAGACAAAUAUGCUAAUUACUUUGUGAAUGAGGGUCGUGUAGAAUGGCAAGACACGAAAAUAUGAAAUUAAAAUUGUUACAGUUCGCGCCAAAUAACUAAACUCAAGAUGGCGCGUCGCGUUGGUGGGUUGUACAUAUUACAGUUAAUAGCUAUACGUUACUGUGGUAACGUGAUAGUUUUCCCGCGCUCGUUACGUACCGCCAAACAACGUUAUACACAUUUCAGUUAUUUGGGGUGGACUGUCUAUUACAAAACAUGUAAACUACCCUGGUAAAAUGUAUAAUUAAAUGUCUACUGACCAAAAAGAACCUUCUUUUCCAAAGAAUCCUCAUUUUCUCCAAAAAUCUCCACCAGCUCCUGCCAAGCUCCGUUUUUAAUCGUUUUGUUAGAAUAUUCUGCACAUUGGAUGUUCCACAAAGCAGGUCUUUUUUCCACCUCAUCGAUGAAUAGCUCGGUGUCGAAGCGAUCCAUUGUCACCGUCCGAUACGCGCGGCUUCCGCGGAGCAACUGAACGCCCUCUAGGUACGUCAAGUAAAUAAAACCGAGCGGCGACCGCGCGAAUUCAUUUUCUCGGUUGAGCCGCGCGGAUUGUCAAUCCGUGCGGACAGGUAUGAACGAUUUGUAAGGCGCUAAUGUAAUUAGGAUCCGCGCGGUUCAACCGCGCGAUUUGCAUCCGCGCGGAAUCCGCCAUGUCUGAACUAGCUCUUAUUGUAUUAUCAUAUGAAA